AACAAACACCAAAGCAGCUUUUGUCUGCCUGAGAACUUGAUCCCCACUGGGCUGCAGCCCUCUUAAGCUGCCUGAUUUAACUUCACCGGUGAUCAGAACACAGCCCAAUUAGCCUUGCAGUGUUUGCUCGUCACUUCUCCAGAAGCGAGGAUUGGCCUGGGUGUGAGUGUGGCUGCAUGCCCUAGCAUGUGCAAGUGCUCUCCUGAGGACACCAUACGCUGUAACAAAGCCGGACUGAGAACUCUUCCUGCAGAACUAGCAACAUCUGUCGUUUCUUUAAACCUGUCUAACAAUUUGUUAAGGAUUCUUACUGCCAACACAUUCCGAAAUCUGACUUUCCUCCACAGCCUCUGGCUGGAUCACAAUAACCUCACCUUCCUGUACCCGGGAACCUUUAGUGCCCUCAGCAAUUUACAGGAGCUGGAUCUCGGCUGGAAUUCACGCUUGACACACCUGCAUGCUAAUACUUUCAGGGGACUCUCCAACCUCAUCAGUCUGGAUUUAUCUAGCUGUAAUAUCUUCGAAAUCCACCCAUUAGUGUUUUCGUAUUUGCUCUCUUUACAGGUACUUGACCUAACAUCCAACAACCUGCAUUACAUCCCGCAAGCCUUCAGAAGCCUGUCCAGCCUCACGAGACUGUUUUUGGAAAGAAACCACAUCGAAGCCAUAGGCCGAGAUUCUCUGAAGGAUCUGAAAGCCCUGUACGAGCUGAACCUCCGGAAGAAUCGGAUCUGGACAAUUCAGAAUGAUGCCUUUGCAAUGCUAAACAGGCUGGGGCUGUUAGAUUUAGGACACAACCAUAUAUCUGAUUUGCCUAAUCAGCUUUUCAGUGGUCUGAUCCAGCUCAAGACCAUGCAUCUUGAGGCCAACAAAAUCACCAGAAUCAACUGCUCUUUCAAUAGCCUGCGUAACCUGAGAAAGCUGUACCUGAAUAACAACCACAUCUCAUCCAUUUCCCAGGCUGCCUUCUCCAAUUUAAAGAACCUGCAAUUCCUUCACUUGAACAAAAACAAUUUAAGUUCCCUUCCCAAGCACUUGUUCGCAGAGCUGCCGAAACUGAAAUACGUGUUUCUAUCCCACAACCCCUGGAACUGCGACUGCAAAAUGCUUUGGUUCCCCACCUGGAUAGCAGCAUACAAAGGGGCGAUUGAGGGGAUGCAGUGUGCCUUUCCAGUGCUUCACAACCAAACUCUGCUUGACGUCUUCACUCACGGCGAAUUAAUCAACUGCUCAAUACCACCUGGGCUGGCAAGUGCAGACAAGUGCGAGGAGACCGAAGCCAACGCUGCUGCCAUGCCACAUGCCAUUUCUGAUGAAUUACUUUGGAUCACACUCGUGUGCUGUGCUUGGCAUUUGGCGGAGACACUAGACAAAUCAUUUUCUGGACUUGGAUCAGAUGAAUCAGCAUUUUUUCUGUAAUCUGUUUAUAAAAAGUGAACAAUGGAUUUAGCUGCAGGAAUGUGCUGAGAUUUUGUAAAUGAAUAAACUGUUGACAGACA